AUGGCAAACAAUAUUAUAAGGCAAAUUGGACAACUCUGCAAUUAUCUCCAAGACCCGAUUCAUGUAGCGCGGUUUCAGCAGAUCUGUGGUGUGCGCGGGACGUUUUCUAGGAACCCAGCAGAGACCAAAGAAGUGGAGCGAGCUCGCUUGCACAACAACAGCAUUAGCCAUCUCCAGGGUGAAAGUGAGAAAUGUACUGUCAACGGAGGUGGAGAAGGGGAGAAAACCGAGAGUCUUCGGCAGAGGAAAGUCACCUCUCCGGGGAACAGUUUGAAACAGGAAGGGGUAGACAAUGCUUCUCAGAACGAGGCAAUGGUCACUCCUGCUGCGGGGAAAACGGACGGGCACAGCGGGAACGGUUGCCGCCUCGUUAGUGCCAGUGAUGUUGGGGUACCGGACCUCACAGAAAACUGUUCAAGUGGCGUCAACGAGUCCAGGGUGGAAUGCACCUCUGAGACACCUGAUGUCCGGAUUAGUGAGCACCCAAGUCCUUCUAGGAGCACUGUCAAGCCCUUGCGCAAAAAUUCCCUGACAGGCGAUAUGGGCCAGGAGUUUUUAAUCGAGAACACGUUUUUGUACUACCUGUUCACCUUCGGAACUGAGCUGGGCAAUGAGCUGUUUUACAUCACCUUUUUCCCGUUCAUCAUAUGGAACGUGGACGCUUACGUCAGCCGGCGACUGAUCAUAGUCUGGGUUUGGGUCAUGUACCUUGGCCAGAGCACCAAGGAUGUUAUUCGCAGGUCCAGGCCAGCCUCACCGCCCGUGGUUAAGGUGGAGAUGUUCUACAACUCUGAGUAUAGUAUGCCCUCUACACACGCCAUGGCAGGCACGGCCAUUCCCUUCACACUGUUCCUGCUGACCUAUGGCCGUUGGGAGGUAAAGUUUUGCUGUGUUAUUGGCUGACAGUAAAUCGCAUGUUGCUGUCUUCUUUUCAACUAGGAGGAGGAAGUAUCAAAGCACAGUUUGAUCAAAUUGCUUCCCCUCUUGGCAAAGUUUCAACAUCAAGUUCCUCUUAGUCACCCCACUAGAAGUGGCGUCAUCACCUUGUUAAAGUUACAGUUGCAAGGGUCAAAGGCUUCUUCAGCUGACAGUCAUGUAAACAUGAUGCCCUUAAUCUAUGGAUUUGUUUGUUGAUGUUGCUGUCACUUGUGAAGUGCAACAUUAUUUUGACUAAACAUUGAACAGCCUAGCUACACUAAGGGUUAAUUAUACAAUUAUAUCAGAGUUAUACAGUGGCUCAGACAUGAUUCGUUUCAGUGUGCAGUUUGAGAAGAUAUUGCGUUACUCCCACAGUCAGUGCUAAUUUGUAUUGUCUUUUGUAAGCCCCCGGCCUUAUUACUCUGUCUCAUACCAAAUCAUCAUGAAGCAUGAAAGAGCCAAAGGAAAGAAAGGGGUGCUUCAUGGCUCCACUGUCAUUAGAUUGUUAUUACACCGUUCUUCCCCUACACUGCCUGUAGGCUACGUCCCUCCUAUACAUUCCCUGUUUCCUGGUACAGUAUGCAAAUGGUGACAUAGUAGUCUGUAAGGUCUACAUCUACAUCUGGCCAUAUGGUCCCUACUAUUAUUAUUACUAAUUUACUCACUUUUAUUUUACCAGGUUAGCUGACUGAGAACAUACUCUUACUUACAGCAAAGUUGGGAAAAGAGUUAGAGUUUGACCUACUCCUUCUCUCUGGCAGCCAAGUUCUAAAGAACUCUGCUGGAGAAUCAUUUCAGAGGCGACAAUGAUGCUGUUUGAAUCAUGCCAUGAGUGCAGGGGAGGGAUUGAUGUAUCUGCACUGCUCACUUUCUGUCUGCCUGGAGAUAAGAGAGGAACCCAAGCCUCCUGCAGGGCAUCAGAUAAGCCAUUCACACAUUCUUCCUCUGCACUAGAGUUAUGCCAUGGCCCAGCCGUUGUGUUGUUUCAGAUUUGACUCAAAAAGACAGUCAUCUCAACAUGAUAGGCCUAACAUGCUCUUUCGUUAGGCAGUUUUUGUAUCGUCCUUACAGUAACACUGGACAGUGUACACAUGAGUGAGAGUUGGGUUCAGUACAGCAGGGUGUGGCAGCCUCCUCUCUCUGACUCUGACUUGCUUUGGCUUGCCGUAGUCAUCAUGCGGAAUGCCUGCUGCUGACUUGCCUGAGCAGAGCAAGUAUUUGGGAUGUGCUGCAGACCCCCUCCCAACACUCUUCCCGGCCCUGCACCAGUAAUUAGAGCCAGAUGUCUCUCUGUAUGAAGGCUCUGGCAGUGAGAGGACAGCCAGAGGGAGAGGCAACCAAGGUCCUCUGUGGGACAGAUCUAAUACAUGGAGAAAAACAUUUCCCUGGCAAUAGGCUGCUUCAGGCAUGGCCGGGAGGACAACCAUUCAAACCAAGUUUACAGAUGUGACCUUUUAUUUUGGCUGUGUUGAUACAACACCGAUAGCUACUGUAGACUUUGCACUGACAAUCCAGUCCAGUCAGCAUCUCAACUGAGUAAUGAAGGGAUCCACCACCACCAAGAGAUCACAGAGCUACAAGCCCAGCAGAGAUCCUCUUCAAUAACAAGCGGCCAGUGAACCACAAGCUGCACACAGCACAGUGCUGUACACACACCACCUUCAUAAACGUUUGCAUGACUUAGCCGCAGUAUGACCACACACCAGAGCAGAAGAGGUCUGUCAGUGGGCGUCCAGCCAAACAAGCAUGUUAACAUGGAUGCGGCGCUGUGGGGCCCCUCAACAGAUACUCCAGGUGUUGACACAGACCAGGCCAGACAGGGCUGUUUGACAGUCUUCCGCCACAAGGCUAGUGGUUUCCUCAACCCCCUGCUCUCUGCUCCCACAGACACACUGACAUCAGGACAGUUUAGGAGGGCAGGCAGUAGGGCAGCAGGCAGUAGGGCAGCAGGCAGUAGGGCAGCAGGCAGUAGGGCAGCAGGCAGUAGGCCAGUAGGCCAGCAGGCAGUAGGCAGUAAGGCAACAGGCAGUAGGGCAGCAGGCAGUAGGACGCAGGGAGUAGGCAGUAAGGCAGUAGGCCAACAGGCAGUAGGGCAGCAGGCAGUAGGACGCAGGGAGUAGGCCAGCAGGCAGUAGGCAGUAGGCCAGCGUGCAGUAGGCAGUAGGGCAGCAGGCUAAUCCACACACAUAGAAAUUAGCUUUUUUCUCUCUCUUUCUCUCUCUGUUCCCCUCGUGUUUCUCAGUCUCUUGUGUGUAAAGCCUUUAGUGAGGCAUUGUUCACUGGCAAGGUGGAUGGACAAAUUACUUUUUGCUUGACACUGAAAUCUCCAACCAUAUGUGUGGUCACUUCUGCAGAGGAACUAGUAGUGCACUGUGAAUCCAGUAUGAUGAUAUGCGUGUUGCGGCAAGUUUAGGCUUCACUCUGGUUAUUUAAGUCAUUAUCUUGAUUUCCCCUCAAGGUUUCAGUCCCAGAUGAGUGGGAGGAAGGACAACCGGGCGUUACAUGGGAUUCUGUGCUGUGCUGAGCUGUGAGAGAGGAGAUUUUAGCAAUAUCCAAACACUUAAGCCACAAUGAAGCGGAGGAACAAAAGGCUUUCACCAGCGUGCAAACCUAAGCAGUCCUCUCUCUCUCUCAAUCUCUCUCUUUUUAGUGCACUGCAUCUGAUAAGAAAAUGACUCAAGUGGCAUGCUGUGUAAAAAAAAUGCAUAAUCCUCGUGUGACUGAACAAUGUGUGUUUAGCCCCCAUUCCUUUGAGUGCUAGCCCAAUGGUCUAUGUCAAAUCAAUUUCAAUGAGCAUUGCUGAGAAGUGUAUAGCCUAAGCCUAGAGAUCAGGUGUCCAACUCGUUCCACAGAGGGCUGAGUGUCUGCGGGUUUUCGCUCCUCCCUUGUACUUACUCACUGAUUAGUAAGGAACUCCCCUCACCUGGUUGUCUAGGUCUUAAUUGAAAGGAUAAAACAAAAACCAUGAGUUUGACACCCCUGCUAGAGAUCAAGGGUUGACGUAUUCUAUUGAAGUAUAAUUUCAGCUAUGCUUUCUCCUUCCUUAUCCCUCUUUCUCUCUCUCUACAGUACCCCUUCAUGUUUGGGUUAACUCUGGCAAUGUGCUGGUGUGUGCUGGUCUGCAUAAGCCGCAUCUACAUGGGUAUGCACUCCAUCCUG